AUGUCUCCAUGCUCCGGCUCUAGUAGGGGCGCGUACCAGAAACCAUGUGGCCGUGCGCGGUGCUCACCAGAAGUUGCCUCGGCCGGCAGUGCCGUUGCUCGCGAGGCCCACUAUACACCAUACGCCACACCCAAGCCAACGCACAGUCAUCUGAAACUGCGCCUAACGAGUCGCCGUUCCACUAGCAUUAUUUCCCCACUGCCACAUCUCUACACACCUUCGCCCACCGCGAAGCUGGAUUCCUACGAGCAGCCGCCACCUCUCUCCCACUCGCCGCGUGAAUCCACGGCAGCGAGCACCCCCAUCAGCACUCCUGUCGAACAGCCAUCGUCGCCGCAUUUUGGCCGUGGUAAGAAGGACCCGAGUGCCGGCCUCUCCAACCUCUGGCACCGCAAGCCCCAAGAGCUUGUGGCCAGCCACCAGCCCAGCGAGGACGUCCUUUUCGAAGACGCGGGCGACUGCAGCUUCCCCCUCUUCCCCGAGGAGCCGCAACUGCACAGCGGCUUCGCCAACAUGGCUACCGCCUCGCCCAUCGACAUCCAGACGCCCCCGCGCUAUGGCUCCAACUCGCCCCAGAACCAGACGUCCAACCUGACGUCGGCCCUGCGACAGCAGGCCGAGGCCCAGCCCGACAACAUGUCCACCACGCCCGGCCUGCUGAACCCAAACAACUUCGACUUCACCAAUGGCCAGCGCCCGAGCAUGAGCGAGCGCCACCCCUCCAUCAGCAUGCUCGGCUCCUCCUUCUACGGCAACAGCGGCGCCCGCCCCAUCACCAUGAAGGACCGUGGCCGCCGCGAGAGCACAAACAUGGGCAGUUUCGCAGGCGGCAUGAGCUGGGGCGGCCACUCGGUCGGGUCUUGGAUCCGCGACGACAUCAUGAUGGGCACCUCACCCGCGCCUUUCGUCCAGGGCUCGCCUUCCUUCCACUCGUCUUCCUACCUGCCCAAGAUGGAAGCCGCCUUCAUGAAGGACUUUACCUGCUGCGGCCUUACCCUCGCCUCGCUGCACGAUCUCCUCCAGCAUUUCGAGGAGACGCACGCCAACGCACCCGCUGCCCGCCCGCAACAACAGCAGCCCCAGAACGGCUUCACAAACACAUCAGGCGCUCCCACCAGCUCGAUUGCGCCAAGCCAGACACAGGGCGAUGCCUACAACACGCAGAAUGGCUUCCAGUCGCGGUCAGGCUCCAUCGGCGCGCCACGCCAGCGCAUCGGCUCCGUCAGUCGCUCCAACCUGUCGACUGUGCAGGACAUGGACACAUUGGAUGACAUGGAGAUGGACGACAUCGACUUCAACAACCUCGGUCCCAUCGAGGAGCAGCAGAACAUGCAGCAAUUCCCAGUCCAGAACCAGUUCAACCAGAACCAAAAUCAACAGCCACAGCUCAACGUCAACGUCAACCUCGCCAACAACAUGCAAAAUCACCAAGGCAUGCGCACAUCCACUCCUACCACGCCAUCCGCCACACAGCAGUUCAACCUCCAAAAUAACCCCACCGUUUCGUCGGUCAACACGCCCACAAUGGGCACCAUGCCUAUGCAAAAUCACAACCUGACAUCGCCCGAAUCGUCACAUCCGGGCACUCCGGCCGAGCUCGACAUGGACUUUGGCGGUUUCAACCCAAUGAUGGGCAUGGACAUGAACAUGAACAUGGGCAUGAACUUUGGCAACGGCAACGGCAACUUUGGCAUGGGCGCAUUUGACAACAACGGCACCAUCGACCAGCCCGGCAAGCGUCUCUUCAGCAAGCAAGGUGGCGGUCUGAACCAGGCUCAGCUACAAGCAGCGCUCAAGAACUACCAGCUUAGCGGAAACGACCAAAGCGAGAUGGCCAGGAGGUUACGAGAGCAACAGCUCAUCAACGGCGCGAGCAUACCCCAGUUCCCCUUCCCAGAAGAGGUCAAGCCAUUCCGAUGCCCAGUCAUUGGCUGUGAGAAGGCAUACAAGAACCAAAACGGUCUCAAGUACCACAAGCAGCAUGGUCACCAGAACCAGCAACUCAAGGAGAACGACGACGGUACCUUCUCGAUUGUCGAUCCUCUGACGUCCAUUCCAUACCCCGGCACCGUCGGCAUGGAGAAGGAGAAGCCUUACCGUUGCGAAGUAUGUGGCAAGCGAUACAAGAACCUCAACGGUCUCAAAUACCACCGCUCCCACGCCCCUCACUGCAAUCCCGAGCUUGCGAUGCAGAAGCUUGGCCUUACUUCCAACCUCCAAAAUCUACAGAACGCAAACGUCGCAGGUGCUGGAAUGGGCGGCAUUGACCCCUCCAUGUUCUAA